AUGCAAAGAAGAUGCCUCCUCCAGCAACAUUCUAGAUGCCAGAAUUCCCACCCCACCCCAGCACUGAAGUUCUACAGGUGGGGGAAAUGGCCACCAGCGCACCACCCAGAGAAGGAGAUUCCUCUUCUUUCUCCCCAAUUUGGAAAUCUUCCUCUCUUCCCUCACCCCCUGCUUGCUUCUUUGUGUGUGGCUGCUGCAGCAGAAGCCCCCAUCCACUACAAAGCAGAGCUCACCCGCCUGCCCCCCCCAGCCACCAUCCUGGGCCAAGCACAGUGUGAGUUCUCACUGGUUUGCUGGCUCUUUGUUGUCAUCUCUACUGGUCUGACCAAGUCAAAUGCAUGGCUGGUAGCCUUUGACUGGUGA